GAAAUGUUUCUGAACUAAAAGUCCAGUGACCAAAAGAAGCCAGCAGAGGGCCGUGACGAAUCAUCAUGGGUGUAAGCUGCCGAUAAUCACCAGAGAAGAAGAAGAAGAAGAAAAAGAAGAAAAAGAAGAAGAAGAAGAAGAAGAACCUCGCGCAUGCGCUGUUGUCAAACCGGAAGUAAACAAGCAACUGGCCGCCUGCACGUGUAUCAGCGGGACCGAGAGAGACGGUGAAUCCAAAACCAGAGUCCAGCACUGUGCGUGGACUCGGUGGAGCUGUGGCCAGGCCGUGCUCCCUCUCCCUGGGCUCACAUGAUAUCGUGCAUCCCCGGGAAUUGAACCUUAAAUCUAAUGCUACAAACAACAAAUUGAUCUGUGACUCAUCAUUUCUCCUCCUCCCAUCAUCCUCUCUCCGUCCAUCAUGAACUCGUCCCUCCAGGGGAAGAAGAGGUCAUCACAGAGUCUGGAGGAACUUCCUGUUCCUUUCGACAUCCACACACCUGAGAGAAGAAUGAAGAAGAAGAAGAAGAAAGGUAACAGACAAAAGGAGGAAGAGGAGGUCAGUCUUUGUCCUCCAGCUGAUGGAGAGAUGGACAGGGAGAUGGAAAUAAAGAAGAAGAAGAAGAAGACAAAGGUGGAGGGAGAGGAGGUUGGUCUUUCUCCUGCUGAUGGAGAGAUGAACAGCGAGAUGGAGAUAAAAAAGAAGAAGAAGAAGAAGAAAAGGACAAAAGUGGAGGAAGGGGGGGUUGGUCUUUCUCCUGCUGAUGGAGAGAUGAACAGCGAGAUGGAGAUAAAAAAGAAGAAGAAGAAAAGGUCAAAAGUGGAGGAAGGGGGGGUUGGUCUUUCUCCUGCUGAUGGAGAGAUGAACAGUGAGAGCUAUAUGAAGAAGAGAAAGAAGGAGACAAAGGAGGAUGAGGAGAUCUCUGUGGAAAACUGUGAAACACAAAAGAAGAAAGAAAAGAGACACAAAAACAGACCAAGUGAGGCCAUCGUUGUCAUGACCACCACCCACACCAACACAGAAACAAACUGUUUUGUUUCCAUGGAAACAAAAAACGCUGUAAGGGAACAGAAGAAACAGGUGAUGACAGGAGGAGAGAAGAAGAGUUCGAGAAAAAGAGCUGGAGAUGAAGAUCUGUUGGACGCUGCGUUGGUGGAGGAGCUGCAGGAGUUUGUUCCAGAUGUCAAAAAUAAAUCAGUCCAUCAGAUAAAGAAGCUGCUGAGAUACGACCUGGAACGCUUCAAGAACUUCAGACGACAAGGUGUGACGCUGCGUCGGGGGCGGUGCUCUCAGGAGGAGAAUCAGGGAAUCAGACAGAAUGUGUCAGACUUCCUGGCUCUGACGGGCAUCGGCUCAGCCAUUCAGCUUCUGUUUCCUCAGAGGUAUAAAGAGGAGGAAGUGCAGAUCAGGAGGCUGAGAGCACGACAUCACUUCCUGGAGAAGAUCGCUGAGGGGAUCCCUCGGACAUGUCAACAAGUUUGCACCAGAGCCAAGAAGAUUUUUGAUGACAGGAAUCACAUGGGAAGGUUCACGGAGGGGGAAGUGCGUUCUCUGAUCAAGUUACAGAACCUUCAUGGUAAUGACUGGAAGGCGAUUGCUGAGAAGAUGGACCGCAGCGUGUACGCUUUAGAGAAACGCUUCGCCACCAUCGCUGCAGGUCAUGGGUUGUGGAGUGCAGAUGAAGAGUCCAGGUUGAAGUCUGCUCUGAAGGCUCACUUGGAGGUCAUGGUCCAGCAGAGUCCUGGUGCUGGUCUGAGCAGAGACCAGCUGUUCAACAACCUGCCGUGGAAGGACAUCAGUCAGCAGGUUGGAACCAGGUCCUGGACCCAGUGUCGCCUCAAGUGGUUCAGCAUCUUGAAGUUUAAACUGUCUCCAGGUGGCAGAAUCUUCAACAGAGGAGCUACAGGGUUUCAGGCUAAAAUCCAUCUCAUUAACACAUUGUACAACAUGCGUGUUGAAGACAUUGCAGACAUUGACUGGGACGAGGUGGCUCAGAAUGUUGGUGACGUGACUACUGUGUGUGUACAGAAGACUUUUCACAGACUGAAAGUUUCCAGAGUUCCCAACUGGACCAGUUUAUCAUAUGGAGACAUCAUUGACUUCCUGUAUCAGAGGGAACUCCCUGACCUGAAGGAGAAACUAAAGAAUUGCAUAAGAGAACAGGAGGAGCAGGAUCAGGAGGAGAAAAGGUACCGGCUGUGUGACAUCAUCACCUCUCAGGACGACGACUAUGAGGAGGUGAACAACAGUGAGGUGAAUUCGAGUCAAUCAGGACACAGACGGAUGUGAAGUCAGCAGCCGGCGACAUAAGAAUCAACAGGCCCCGUCCACUAGGCGGGACUUCAUCAGACUGAACAUUAUAGCUGUGUCUAAAUUCAGGGGCCAUCUCCUUUGGCAUGGGGGUGCAGGUCUGCAGGACGCGAAGGCUGAACUGAGACGGCCUGUUCGACAGAGGAUUAAUGAACAGCGUUACAAGCUCGUUCCGCCUUUAUUGCUGUUGCCUAGCAACAGAGCUGCAGGUUGGACAAAAUUAACGUUUUAAUCGCUCUUGGUUUUUUUAACAUUUGUACUGUUUGCUUAGUUGAGUCGUGAUACUCAAACAUUGGACGUCUCAUCAUAUGCCGGCGCCAUCACCUCUUUGAAAAAAUCACUGGAGCGCAAUGAUUCCUGGGACAUUUUGGCCUGAGAAGGAUCCAACUGUUGGGGCUUUAAUUUCUUGGGGAUGAAAGGUUUGGGUUAUGGGAACGGUGUAGUGACGUCUGUCUUUAAAUACAGGGUCUGAAGGAGGCGGAGCCUGAACUGAGACACAGCAGUUGAACCAGUUUUACUUAGAAGUCUUUAAACCUAAGAAACUGAAUAGAAGCUUUUAUUUUGAAGGUCCUGCCUGGUGUAACCAGAUGUUUGAUGUUUUAACUUUGUAAAGAAAGUUUCCAUCUUUUUAGUUUUUGUCAUCUCGUUUCUGCUUUGAUAUUAAUCAUAUUGAUCAAUGAGUGAUUAGUUGAUACAGGGCUCUGACAUUAAGAAAUUGUAAAAUUAAUUGUUUUAUUUGGAAUAACCCCUUCAGGUUUUGAAUCGGUGGAUAUUUUCAUGUUAUUUAGUCUUCAUUUUAAAUCCCUCGUAACCCCAACACACCUUAAUGACAUUGAGUAAAUUACUGGAAGUUUAAGUAAGAAAAUUUAUAGUUUGUGUCAAAUGUUUGAUCACAUAAGAAAAAUAAAAGAAUAAAACACACGCAA